CAUCAUCCUGCCGGAUCCCCAAGCUGCUACUGGGCUACUUUUUGUCCCUUGGAGAGACAGAUAGAAGAGAGAGUAUGGGAAGGAGGUAUUUAUAGAGAAAUGGGGCCUCACUUUACCCUUUUUGGAGAGAGAAUCAUUAAGGAUCUGUGCUAGGUGUCCCAGUUUCUUGAUUUGAGCUCUGCAGGCAGGACUAGGAAGACUCGGCAGAGAUGCAGCGUCAACUCGUAGACAGUAUCACUCUGGCGCUCAAUGCGUUGUCACCCUUUAUUUAAGUGGCAUUGCUCUGCAUGGCACAUGACGAUGGGGGGCAUUCGCAAGGCGUUUCCCCUGAAGCGUGGUGCGGUUCAGUAGGAGGAUCUCGUGACAGCGUAGAAGACGUGGAACCAGCGUUUCACCCUUAGAAUUUUUUGUACCUGUUGAAUUACGACAAAAUGAAGAAAUUCCUCCAGAAUAAGAAAGGGAGAUACUCCUUAAAGCAGAACAAGCCGGGUCCUCGCAUUCCACCCAAAGAUGCUUCUAUCCCCACCAUGCCAGCAUCGAACCAGAGCUGGCCGUAUGAGUUUGGCUUUCAGAUUGGGGGGAACGGGCCCAGCUACAUCCUGACUGUGGAAGAUGGAAGCAGUGCUCACCUGUCUGGAUUGCAACCUGGAGACCAGGUCUUGGAGAUUGAGGGGCAGAAUGUUUCUAGUCUCAACGCUCAAGAGGUUAUUGCCCUUGCCCAGUCACAACGAAACAUCCCGCCCAGUAUCGGAGUGGUUUCACGCAUCGAACAGAUGGAUAUCACUCCAGGCCCUGAUGGUCGCUUUGGAUUCACUAUAGUGGGAGACUGCCCCCUGCUGGUGGAGGAUUGCUCCCCCUGCUCCCCAGCGGGUCGCAGUGGUCUCCGAGCUGGAGAUUAUGUCAUGGAGGUGAAUGGGAUCCCUGUGAAGCACCACGAGAUGGCGGCCGCUUUGAUAAAGGCCUCUCAGGGCCGAACACUGCGUCUCGGGGUGCUGUGCAUGGGCAGUCGUCAGAAACGCAGCAGCGGAUGCAUCGAGGGGUCUCUGAAAGACACAGACGGCUUGCGUCAGGACCGUAAACAGAAGGCUCUGGAGUUCAACAGGAGGGUUGAGGAGAUUUUGAGGAACGAUCCAGAGGUGAAAGAGAAACUUUUUGCUGUGCUGAAACAGUUUGCUGCUGAGAGGAAGGUGGACUGGCUUGCUUCCGUUCUUCCUGACAUAUUGACAACCGAAGAGCAGCAACAGCUCAUCUCGAACAUCAGGUAUCUAUGA